UUAAAUCAUUUUUAUUCUGAUAAGGUAAAAUCCCAGCCAUGGCUUCCUGGUCCAGCUCCUCCGCCGUGUCCCCGCCGGCUCUUCUCCACUCUACCGCCGCCUCAACUCGAACUUCCGGCCAUUAUCUGGUCACUCGCCGACUUCCGCCAUGGAUUGUCCGCUCGAGGAGCAAGCGACGGACUGCGUUGCUCGUCACUGCCGCAAUCGCACAGAAGACCGCAUUGGAGUACAGGAAGCUGGGGGAUUCCGAUCUUAACAUCAGCGAAAUUACCCUCGGAACGAUGACAUUUGGGGAACAGAACACGGAGAAGGAAGCUCAUGAGAUCCUUAGUUAUGCUUUUGAGCAGGGAAUUAAUGCUUUAGACACUGCCGAGGCUUAUCCAAUCCCUAUGAGAAAGGAGACACAAGGGAGGACAGAUCUCUAUAUUGGUAAUUGGCUGAAGUCUCAACCUCGUGAUAAGGUUAUUUUGGCUACAAAAGUUUGUGGUUACUCAGAACGAUCAGGCUAUAUACGUGACAAUGCAAAGAUCUUGCGGGUUGAUGCAGCUAAUAUUAAAGAAAGUGUAGAGAAAAGCCUUAAACGUCUGAAUACAGAUUAUAUUGAUUUACUGCAAAUACACUGGCCAGACCGAUAUGUACCAUUAUUUGGUGAAUUUUUUUAUGACUCUUCAAAAUGGAGACCAAGCGUGCCUGUUGUUGAGCAGCUGAGAGCCUUUCAGGAGCUCAUUGAUGAAGGAAAGGUGCGCUAUAUUGGCGUUUCAAAUGAAACUUCGUAUGGAGUGAUGGAGUUCGUUCACUCUGCCAAAGUUGAAGGAUUACCUAAGAUUGUCAGCAUCCAGAACAGCUACAGCCUUCUUGUGAGGUGCAAGUUUGAAAUUGAUCUUGUUGAAGUAUGCCACCCAAACAACUGCAACAUUGGGUUACUUGCUUACUCCCCGCUAGCUGGUGGAACACUGUCUGGAAAGUACAUGGAUUCUAAAUCUGAAGCAGCCCAAAAAGGAAGGCUUAAUCUCUUCCCUGGCUAUAUGGAAAGAUACAACAAAUCCCUUUCAAAGGAAGCGACGAUCAAGUACAUUGAAGUGGCUAAGAAACACGGUCUGACCCCAGUUGAGUUGGCGCUUGGUUUUGUGCGAGACCGUCCAUUCAUGACGAGCUCAAUCAUAGGUGCAACAUCAGUGGAUCAACUGAAGGAAGACAUUGCUGCAGUUUUGACGACGCAGCGACCUCUUCCGCCUCAGGUAAUGGAGGACAUUGAAGAUGUAUUCAAGAGAUACAAAGAUCCAGCAAUUGCCUAGACUCUGCAAUCCUUCCAUUUUCAUCAUUGUUGUCACUAUUGCAGUAAUCACAGUGUCGUGUUCAGGCGACUGUAUUCUAAGAUCCACUUCAUUUGUACCAAUUGUUCAACACAUGCGUGAAUAAUGUUCAUAGAUACUCAUCAUGGUUAUGGAAGCAAAUCCAAUUUGAUUAAAUAAAAGCAUCUGUUUUUCUUCGUA